AUGACCCCGCUGCCCGCGCCCCCCGCGCGUCUCCGCCGCCGCGACGCCGUAGACGCCCCCGCAGGCAUAGUCACCACCAUCAGGGACACGGUCAGCUGUAGUUGGAUAUUUUACAGUAACAGCAGCGGGUCGACGCCGGCCGAGGGCGGGGCCCAGCCCCCGUCGCAGCCCGACCCUGACCUGGACUCGAUGCACAUGAUGCUCGACCCACACUUAAGACCGAUCUCGCCAGACCUCAGCAACGAGGAGUCGAAGCGGAUCUUCGAGGAGCACAAGCAGCUAGCGCAGGAGUACUUAAAGACGCAGACGGAAUUGGCGUACUUGAGCAACCACAAAUCGGAACUGGAGGAACAAAUGGACUCCGAAGAGCUCCGGCAGAAAAGGGAAAUAAUACAACUUGAAAAUGAGAAGGACUCGUUGCUCAAACUGUACUGCACCCUCAAGAAGCAGCUGGCGCGCGCUGAGAACGAGAGCUGGCUGCUGCAGGAGGACAUGCCGCACGAG